CACCCUCAGCUAUACUUUCCGGACGGAGAUAUCGCUCUCCUUGCCGUCAAAGAGCCCCUGAGCCAUGACGGGCCUCCGAGUUUUUACGUCUUCCGCAUCCACAAAUUCCUCCUGAGGCAUCACUCGGAGACAUUUGCCAACAUGCUUGCGGAUGCAAACUCACAUACCGACAAUGUCUACGAUGGAGUGCCGCUGGUGGAAAUGCAUGGCGACAAGGCGGAGGACCUGGCGCAGCUGUUGAAUUUCAUCUAUAACCCUUCAUCCAUGACCCUCAAACGACAUGACCCUGAUGCCCCUAUAGUUGUCAGCGGCAUCAUACGCCUGGCGGACAAGUACUGCCUCCAAUCGCUCCAUGACCACCUGGUGAAACAAGUAGUGUCCGACUGGCCUACCACCCUCCACGAAUGGGAUAUCCUCCAAGGCGAGAUCUCCGCGAUCCUUAAGACACCAUCUACUGCCGCCCAUCACUUGUACGGAGAUCAUCCCGAGGAUAAGGCCCUCGCGGACCUCAUCCCUGAGCCGGUUUCCGCCAUCCUCUUCGCACAAGAGUUCGGGUGUUCCGAGAUCCUACCCGCCGCGUUCUACCAGUUGUCGCGCAUCAAAGUACAGCAUGACUGGACGCUUCGCAGUGACCCGGACGGCAAGCGCGUCGCCCUCGCCCGUUGGUCGCUGCUCGACAAGGAUAACCUCGUACGCUAUCUCCGAGGCUAUCAAGAGCUCGCCGAUUACUUCCCCGCGAUCCGAACGUUCCUU